CUGUACUGAAUGCAGCGUAAUUUUGUCCCAUAUUCCAUUAGCUGAUCGGCCCUGAGGGCAAGAGGCUUCCGCGCUUGACUGUAAUGCUACACUGUCCUCCCUAUCCGGCCAAUUCAUCCUCAGCAGCGCAGAGCAAUGGAUCUGUAACCUUAGUCCGCUGCUGGUGCCUCCUCCAACACAGCAUGAUCUGCAGUCACUGCGACUCCGAUAGGCAAUCAAUAUUGUAUUUGUAAGGAUUAUAGCCAAAAGGCAAAACGUCGCGGGGGGAAGGCUGGAAUUAUGAAGCACUGUCAACAUGUCUAAGGCCACUGUUAAGAAGCUGCACUGGCGUUCGAAAGUGCAGGAGAGCUUCGUCCCACUGGGCGGAGCCUCAGGAGAGCUUGGCGUGGCCAUUGGGGGUGGGGCGGAUUAUGGAGAGUUCCCAUUUGUCACAGCAGCACCUGGAGGUGGAGCCACAGUUGGUGAUAUCAUCCUAGAGAUUGGGGGUACACCUGUCUUGGGAUUGACCUUGGGAGACGUCAGAGGGGUUCUGAACUCAUGUCCACAUCCCAUCCGGAUCAAAACAGUCUUACCAGGUUCAACGCUCUGUAAGGAUUUAAGACUUUACCUGAGUAAGUGUUUCACACCAGGAUCCAUGGACAGCCAACUCCAACAGGUCAUUCGAGAGAACCUCUACCUGCGCGCCGUGCCCUGUACGACCAGGCAACCACGGGACGGAGAGAUCUCAGGGGUGGAUUACAACUUUGUAUCCAUUGAGGAAUUCUUCUCCCUGGAGGAGUCUGGAGCCCUUCUGGAAAGUGGGAAGUUCAAAGGGAACUAUUAUGGCACGCCUCGGCCAGUGCACAUCGGACCCGACAGCCCCCCCAUUACGUACCAGGAACACCGAAACCUCCUGAGGAACUUCCGUACCCGCAGCAAAUCGCUUAGCAACCUGGAGAAGGCUGUGGAGGAAGGUGACAACAGUGAGGAAGACUCUGGUCUGUCAGCGGGGUCUGCGGGAGCCAGCAGUGCCCCUCCCACCACAAUUGUCUCACCUAAUCAGACUUGGGACUCAGGCAGUGGGCGGGAUGGAGGGGUUGCCAUGGAGAACGGAGCACGUGGAGGAGCAUUGCCUGAAAACUGGGAGCUGGCGUUCAGUGGCACAGGCGAACCUUAUUACAUCAACCAUAACUCAAAGACCACAAGCUGGCUGGACCCAAGGACUCAGGGCAAAGAGAUUGUCAGCAAGACGGAGUUACCUGCAUUCACAGAUCAACCAUCUGAACUGAAGGGCUAUUCAAUACACACCCGCCUGUCGAAAGGGCCUCGUGGCUUUGGCUUCAACAUUGUGGGUGGCAGCAGACCUCGAGAGUUUCUGCAGGUGUACAGUGUCACCCCUGGAGGCCCAUCUGCACUUAAAACAGCGGACAUUCUUGUGUACAUCAAUGACACAUGUGUGCUGGGUCUGUCUCAUAAAGCGGCGGUAGAGAUGCUGAAAUCCGUCCCUAUGGGACACAGUGUAGACGUCGUCCUUCGACGAGGUUACCCCAUGCUUUACAACCCUGACGGCUGCCCCAAAACCAGCCUCUCCUCCCCCUCUAACCCUAACAGCGCCAACCCUGCUGCCCCGGGUUCUGUACAGUCGCAACCCCAACAUCCCAAUGGACACCAGCCUGGAAUGGUGAACCUCAACCGCUCCAUGUCCCACCAAAACAGUUUUUACCCCUGCAUACAGACAGAGUCGCCGGAUGCUAAUGGCAACACAGCACCCCAGCCUUCCUAUUCGAUGGCCAAUGGAAAUGGUGUAGGAGGGCCUAUAGGGUUGGGGGCGGUGCCUUCUUCAAAUGCCCCUCCCUCAUCAAAGAAAAUGAGCUCCAGUCACAGCGAUACGGAGGUCAGCUCUGUUGUCACGCGCAGAACUUCCCUUGUCCGCAGCUACAACAACAACUCUCUUCCCGCUCCCUCUCAUGGCCACCACAGUUCCAAGUCUUCCGAGAGUGAUCUCUCCUCUACCGUGCUCCCUCUGCCCCAGCCUGAGGUGGGUCUGGCCAGCCAGCCACCAGGGGCACCCAGCUCCCAGCGACCUCCCAUGCCCCAAACAUCUCUUGUCGUCGCACCCCCAACCGAGCUCCCACCCUGCGGUUUUAAUGGGUGUCCAGCCAACAACCCCCCGCGACCUCAUCCGGGUGGACUAGGAUCCCCCGGUGCCCCGGGUGGGGUAGGUUGCGGGGGAGGGGGUGAGCUGAUACCUGUGGCCUUGGGCAGGAGCGAGGGAGGGGGUAUGGGUUUCAGUGUGACGGCUGGGGGGCAGGGAGGGCAGCUGGCAGUGGUAAAGAGAGUCUGGGACAGGCGGCAAUGCCCCUCUCUACAGCCAGGGGAUGCUAUUAUCAAGAUCAACGGUGCAGAUGUGCAGAACCUCAGCUUUGCACAGGUUCAGCGGGUGCUUCAAGAACACACCAAACAGGGUGAGGUGGUCUUACUGGUUUACAGAGGAGGCUCCCCAAAUGCCUAUAAGAGACCUUCUCCCUCCCUGGGCACCCCUGAUCUGACCUCUCCCUCAUCUGAUGGUGCUGUGCCCAGCCAGAGCACCCUCUCUCCCUCUUCACCCUCUGGGGACCUCCCCAACCUGGUCCAAAGCACCAGCUUCCUGGACUCAGUGCCCGUGACUCUCACUCUAGAGCCCAGAGACUGGUUAGGGGUUGAUGAUGGAACGGGUCAGUGGGGCCGCACCGCAGCCUCUAGCCUUGGAGCAGUGUCCAAAAGCCAUGCAGACGGGAGGGGAGCAACCCCAUCCAGAGCGAUGGAGGUGGAGUUGAGACGGAGACCAGGAGAGGGGUUCGGAUUUGUCAUCACCUCCCAGGAUGUAUUGAAUGGAUCUUCAUCUCUAGUGUCUCACCGGUUUGUGACUGUUCGUCGGGGGAGUCCAGCAGCACGCAGUGGUCAGAUCCAGCCGGGGGACCAGUUGGAGGCGGUGGAGGGCAGAUCGGUGGUCUCUCUGCCACACAGAGACCUUGCACAGAUACUGCGCAGAGCCGGCAACACACUCAGACUCACCAUUAUACCACGCUCCAACACUAACAACAAUCUUCCUGAGUGCACUGACUUUGAUGCUGAGAGCCGGCCAAGAAAAGGGCAUAGGUCCAAGCAAAAGGACUCUCAGUAUUAUAGUGUUGAUUUAGAGAGAGGCCCAACAGGUUUUGGCUUUAGUUUGAGAGGUGGAAGUGAGUAUAACAUGGGUCUCUAUGUGCUUGGCCUGAUGGAGGGUGGACCAGCCUCACGCAGUCAGAAAAUACAGGUUAGUGAUCAGCUUGUUGAGAUAAAUGGAGACAGCACAGCCGGGAUUACACACAGUCAGGCCGUGGAGCAGAUCCGCAAGGGAGGAAACAGGAUACAUCUUGUGCUGAAGAAAGGCGAUGGAUAUGUACCGGAUUAUGACCAUGAAGCCGGACUCGUCUCCCCCUCCUCCCUCUGCUCUGAGGAACCGGAUGUGGCUGCAGUAGAUCACUCUCCUCUAAAAAGCAGCAGAUGGGUGGAUGACAGUGGACAGGAGAGGAGAGAGAGGAGGGGGAAGGGAAAGAUGGAAUCUGGGGGAAGGAACAGAAGAAGAGGAGCAGAGGAGGGCAGAGUCAUGUCUGAAAUCGAACAAGAGUAUGUUAGCACGUUGGGUAGCUCUCGAUUGACUAGAAGGAGGCGAGAGCAACAGAUGCAAUCACGGAGUUUACCCAGCACGCUGAGGAGCCGAAAGGAAGGACAUAGAAAAGAGGAGGAGGAAAUGAAUAGAGAGGAAGAAAGACGAAAAGCAAGGGGGAAAAGCAAGAGCAUGGGGGAAAGACGACAAAAAGUGAAAGAUUUCAGCUCUGAGAGAGAGACUGGUCACCGAGCAGAAGAAAAGAGGGUACUAGAAAGGGAAAUGAGAGAUAAUAACAGGACCAGCACACUAGAGGUCACACAGCAGGCACCCUUCUCCUUCAUCAUGCCUUUGGACAAUGACGAUAACGGGUCAGAUGCAGAAUCGGCUCGCAGCUUCUCUGAAGUCAGUGUGUCGGCAGCCAGCAUCUCAUUCACGGGCACUCGAUGGCCCCUGGAGCACAUCAGCCCUCUACAGUCCCCUGGAUCUUCAACUGCAGCCCCGGGACCUUGGCUAGUCCCCAGCCCUCACAAACUCUCUCAGGUUUUAGAGGGGAAAAGGCUGAGCGAGAAUAAGGGAGGACUGAGGUCCUAAUGAUAUUUCCCUUAAAUGAAUAGUUCACCCAAAAAUUUAAAUUCUGUCAUCAUUUACUCACAUUCUUAUUCCGUUCUAAACCUGUAUGACUAUAUUUUUCCCAUCGAGCACAAAAGAACAUGUUAGAAAGUAUGUUAGCCUCAGUCACCAUUCACUUUCAUGGUAUGGAAAUAAGAUGCAAUGAAAGUGAAUGGUUACUGAGGCUAACAUAUGGAAUGAAUGAAUGAAUGAACGAAUGUUACAUUUAUAUAGCGCUUUUCUGACACUACACUCAAAGCGCUUUACACAGUGAACAGGGGGACUCUCCUCAACCACCACCAGUGUGCAGCAUCCACCUGGUGAUGCGACGGCAGCCAUAGUGUGCCAGUUCCCUCACCACACACCAGCUAUUGGUGAAGAGGAGAGAGUAGAGUUAUAUUGCCAAUUCAUGAAUGGGGAUUAUUAGGAGGCCAUGAUUGAUGAGAAAGCCAUAUGGGUUUGAAAUAACAUGAGGUUGAGUAAAUGAUGGCAUCAUUUUGGGGUUAACUAUCCCUUUAACACUCUCUCUCUCACAGAGAUAUACACACACAAAACUUGUUUGUGAACACAAACUCUCUCUCUACAUUAGCUCCAUCUCUGUUUGUGGUUUUCAGUACACCACUACCACCCCACCCGUCCCUCUUCCAUUCUAAAUCCAUGUCCAUUUAGUCCUGAGUUAUGGCAUUGCCAUAAUGAGGAGACCAAAGGAAUAUUGAAGUGAAGAUACUGCAGAAGGAGAGACAAUGAGAAAAUGCUGCCAUUAGGUUUUGGCUAGCAUGACAGUAACUGCAAGGUCAGUUAGUAUGUGUCUAGUAUUCAUGGUGUCCUUCAUUGCAUGUGUCUUUUUUCAUAUCAUUUGACAUUUUUAUUUGAUAUUUUCCAUUUAUUUUCAUAAGAAUGCAACAAAAUUCUAUUAUAAAAAAGAGGAAGAUUUAUUUAAGACAGGGUUGCUCAAUGCUGCUCACAAAAAUCUACUGUCUGUUUGGUUGGUUGUAGCUAAACUCUGCAAGAAAGUAGAUUUUCUAAAACAGUAUCGAUCAACCUUGAUUUAAGAGAUUUUAUUAGCUUCUUGUUGUUUGUGACUGGAUUGUAACCCCUCCCCUAAUAUGUGUGCAGUGGUCUUGCUGUUGAAAGAGGGGAGAAGGAAGGAAGAUAACUGAACUAAAGUUUUAUUAUUAAGGCCAGUGAGCCGUAUCAAACCUCUCCAGGUGCCUUCUGCUUCUUUAGCCAGUGUUUACCAAAAAAUAAACAAGAAAAAGAAGAUGACGUAGCAUAGUAUAAAAAGUGUGCAACACAAUACUGUUCUGCCUCUUUAAAGGGAUAGUUCACGCAAAAAUUAGAAUUCUGUCAUAAUUUACUCACCCUGGUGUUGUUCCAAACCCAUAUAACACGGUGAAUGGUGACUGAGGCUGUUCCACACAAAAGAAAGUCAUAUGGGUUGGAAGUAAAUGAUGACAGAAUUCUCAUUUUGGGGUAAACUUUCUCUUUAACAUCUAUAUCUUUGCAAGACUUGGUUCACGAGUUGGGGGAAAAUUCUGCACAUGCUCUGCGAAACUUCAGCUAAUGAGUCAAGGUGAAAGAGAGCCAUUACAAGUGCCUCAUGCGAUAUUCCUUUAUAUAAAACAUAGACUUCCCGCAAGCUUAAAAAUCAGGACCCAAAGUUUAGAUUUUUUACAUUGAGACUUUUAUGUUUGUACGCUUUCUGAUUCAGUAUUUCAGACCCAUUUCAUUGCCCUCAACAUUGCAGAUAAAAAUUACAAAAACAACAAAAUGAAGGCCGAUUGGUCCUCAUACCUAAACCCUCCACCAAUCAGCAUCGAGCAUCAUGCCGAAUCUUCAUUUCAGGAGAUUAAAAAAAAAGAUGAAAAAAGGGCAUUUUGAUACAGGUCUUCUAUGCAUUUUAUAAGACUUACUGGUUAAUAAUUGUGGUAGGAUUUUUUUCUACCUAGGAUUUGAGAUUCAUAAUUUUUGUGUACUGUUAAAUACACAGGCAGGUUGGUGAGUCGAAACCGCAGAUUAAAGGGAAAACUUUCUGAGAUUCGGUGUUAAUCAGACAUGCUUUAUCACCAGCUUAUGCAUUGAUCUUUACCUGAGAACUGUCUGAGCAAUAAGCGCUAUCUCUUUCUGUUCUAUGCCAUACCCGGCAAAGCUCUAGACAAACUCAUUGGAAAGAGUGUUACAAAUAUGCACAGUAAAAUAAUCUGUGAUAGAUCAACAAGAGUGAAAUCUAUCCACACCAGUGUCAGAUAUUUUUUGUUAUUAAUUAUUUUUAUUUUUUUUAUUAUUAUUAAAGUGAUAGUUCACCCAAAAAUGACUUUCUAUCUUAUGUAAAAUACAAAAGGAGAUGUUUGGCAUAAUUUUAGCCUCAGUCACAAUUCACUUUCAUUGUAUUUUUUUCUAUGCAAUGAAAGUGAAUGGUGACUGAGGCUGCCAGUCCCUAACAUUCUGCCUAACAUCUCUUUUUGUGUUCCAUGGAAUGAAUAAAUUCAUUUGGGUUUGGAGCUAAAUGAAGGUGAGUAUAUGAUCACAGAAUUUUAAUUUUUGAGUGACUAUACCUUUAAGUUGUGAUAAUUGCCUCCCCUGAUUUUCAGGGGCAUUUUUUUUUUUUUUUUAAUUUUUUUUUUUUUUUUACUUGAAACAGUGCAAAGAAAUACUUCUUCAUUAGAAUUGAAAAAAUACAAUAUAUUCUCAAUAAGCUCAUCUAAUUACUACAAUUAAAUAGGGUGGGUUUAGCUAAACCUGUAGUUUUUGAAAAUGUGACCGUGUGGGUUAUUUUAUCAUUGGAGAUCUUACUGUGCUGUAACAUAUCAAUGAAUGCUUACAUAGAAGAUUACAUGCAAGUUAAGUUCCCACACACAGCCUGAAAGCAAUUAGCAUGUUACUAUUUGGAAAAGUGAGAUAAUUCUCUUUAAAUCAGGGCUCAUACACAGGUAUUGCACAGCAUUCAGUUGUCCAUCUGAGGUUUAAUCUGAAGCUCACUGCUCUCAGAAUCAUAAACUAGCCUGGGUAUUGAUGUUGAUUUUGUACCUGAUUAUCCCAUUGGCAUCAGCACAUACUGUACGGAACUGAGAUCAGCCUUGUAAAUGUUUAGGAUUUCAUGCUUUCUUUGAGAGGGGGAAGAUUUGAUUUAUUUGUUUGUUUUCUAAAACGUUAAUACUGUAGCAUUGCCCUUAUUGUAGCAGAUCUUAUGUGAAAAUCAAGCUUAUUGUACAUAAUAAUAGACCCUAGACAUAUCUAGAUUUUUUUUUUUUUUUUUUUUUAACAGAACUAUAUUCUCAAAUCCCCAAUGUCUCACAUAUCAGAAAUAUACAGCUCUGUCAAACUUCAAGGCCGGUUCACAGAAGUGACGUGCUGCAUUUUUAAACCAAGGUGCCCAAUGGCUUGACGAGAAGCUUGAUAUAUACAAUUAUUCUUGAAAGUAUAAUAAUUAAAUCGUGCAUGCCUGUUGUGACUAUACUAGUUUUAAAAGCACUGACCCUUAUGAUAAAAUAAAAUCUACCUGUGGCAUGAUACUUUAUACGGCCCACGAGGCCAAUCACAGACAAGAAAAAGCUAGCCCUGGGUCAUACUGGGUUUUUAUAGAACAUCUGUUGCCAGCUGUUAAUUAAUCAAAAUAAUGAAACCUGAUUUGACAGCUUGAUCGCCCCUAGUGUCCAUUGUGGUUUUCGCAUACUGUGGGUUUGGCGCUAGCAAGCUAGAUGUCUCUUUUAUAGCCCUUUUAAUAAAGUAACAUCACUGUAAAAAACAAGAUUUAGUGACACAGGUCACCCUAAGUACGUAGUCCACAAAGAUAACAAAUAGCAUGCCCACCACAUAUUGUCUCCCCGAUAGGUUUCCUCUUACCUGAAACAGUAUAGACCCUUAGAUGUUCUGUAGGUUUUAAUGUCAAAGAAGUAGUCUCAAAACAUGAGCCAUACUCUGAGACAAACAAUACAUUAACACAAUAAUGCAAUGUUUUUAUAAUACUAUUUGCAAGGUUCCUAGCAGUGCAAAUGUGCCAUUUAAAUGCUAAUCAAUGAUGUCAUACUCUUUCCCUCUGUAGAGAUAAAUACAGACGGGUCUUUGUCCCUCUGAGUUUCACACUUUUCAAAUGUCAAAACAUGAGUGUUUCAGCUUUGAAUUUUCAAUUCAAAAACUUGAAUUUGCUAUAUUGGCCUUGCAAGGAGUCAGCCAUUGUACAGAGAAAGAACAUUUUAUUUGUAAAGAGGAAAUAAGAGAAUGUUAAAGUGAUUCUUUACAUGUAUCCAGAAAAAUUCUAGAAAUAUAGGAUAAAUAGGGCAGCUCAGCCCAGAAUAGUGAAAGCAGAGGACAUUGUGUCAUUUAAAGGAAGUAACCACUGCACCAGGAGUUUACAGAGAUCCACCACCAACGAGGCUGCAAGAAGUGUUUAAGGAAUAGUUCUCCCAAAAAGAUCAUUAUUUACUCACCAUCAUUCAAAACAUGUAUGAUUGUCUUUUUUUCCAUUGAACACAAAAGGUGAAUUGUUUCUUAUAUCCUGGCCACUCUUUUCAUAAUGAAUGUGAAUAACAAUCAGGCCUUUCAAGCUGAAAAAUGACUAAAAACCACCAUGAAAUGACAUAAAAGUGGUCCAUGUAACUUGUGUGCUAUGUUCCAAGUCUUUUGAAGCUAUACAGUUGGUAUUGAGUGUGCAACAGAACAACAUUUUGAUUAGUUCCUCAUACAAUUGCUAUCAUAUGGCUUCAGAAGACUUGGAAUAUUUACAGCAUGAGUCAUAAGAAACACUUUUAUUAACUUUUAUGGUGGUUUUUUGGUCAUUUUGGAGCUUAAGAGCCACAGUUCUCAUUCACUUGCAUUAUAUGGACAAGAGUGACCAGUAUAUUCUUCAAAAAGUCACAUUUUGUGUUCUACUGAAGAAAGACAGUCAUACAGGUUUGGAACAACAUGAGUGUGAAUAAAUAAGAAAAAUUUUCAUCUUUGGGUGAACAAUUCCUUUAAAAAGAUGACUGCAAGUGUUCCAGCUGGGGUGAAAAAAAUAAUUCUGUCUGCUCCCUGUAUGGGGUUCUGCUUCCUUUACAACAUAGGAGUCCUCUCCUUUAAUUUCACUUUGUAGUGUAGACAAGAACAUAUAAGUACAGAGAUAGAAGAUGCAGGCAGCAGUGUGUUGCAGUUUUUUACGUACUGAAGCGGUCUCCCCGGGCCGUACAAGUAGCCGCUAUUUUAGUGGCGCCCUGCAAGGAAGUCGCUGAUUGCAAGAGUUGUAAAUAGCAGUCCAAGAGAGGACACCUUGAACACAGAUGUACAGGUUUUUAAUUGUUGCUCUUGAUAUGUAUGAAAAUACUGUAUUGUUUUUGAAUGCAUCAACAGGGAGUUUUGAAUUAUGAAUAAUGACAUGCAGUUACAGAAAUAAAAUGAACAAA